CUUCUUCAUCUUCCUGCUCUCAUCCCUCAACAACUCCACCCUGCCCUCUCCCUCUCCCUCACACACAAUGGUUUCGUGGCUACAGAUCCCCAAGAACUCGCCCUUCUCGUUGGCGAACAUCCCCUUCGGAAUCAUCACCACCGCCAAGACUGCCUCGCGGGUCCCUGCCAUUGCCAUCGGCGACUAUGCAUUGAACCUGAAUGCAUUCGCCUCGUCCGGUGGUUUCUCUCAGCUGCCGUCUUUUGAGCCCCACCUCAACGUCUUCAGCCAACCGACUCUGAACGCAUUCGCCGCCCUGGGACGACCAGUGCACCGCCAGGUCCGCGAAUACAUCCAGUCCGUCUUCCGCGCCGACACGCCCUUCCCACAGAUUCUCAAGGACAAUGCGUCCCUCCAAGAAGAGGCGCUCCUGCCGUUGUCCGAAGUGACCAACCACGUCCCCCUGCAGAUCGGUGACUACACGGACUUCUACGCCGGGAUCAACCACGCCCACAACCUCGGGGUCCUCCUGCGCGGACCCGAUAACGCCCUGCAGCCCAACUACAAGCACCUCCCAGUCGCAUACCACGGGCGGGCCUCGUCGAUCGUCCCAUCCGGCACCCCGGUCCACCGCCCGAACGGCCAAAUCCUCGCCAAUCCCACCGCCACCCCCAAGGUGCCGAUCUUCACGACCUGCAAGCGGCUGGACAUCGAGCUCGAAUUGGCGGCGUUCGUCAGCGUCCCCAACGACCUGGGCAAGCCCGUAUCCAUCCAGGAAGCCGAGGACCACAUCUUCGGUUUGGUACUGAUGAACGACUGGUCGGCGCGCGACGUGCAGGCCUGGGAAUACGUGCCGCUGGGCCCGUUCAACGCUAAGAACUGGGCGACGACCAUCUCGCCCUGGGUGGUGCUGCUGGACGCGCUGGAGCCCUUCCGCACCGCCAGCCUGGAACCCGAGAACAACCAGAAGGUGCUGCCGUACCUGCGCGAGAAGCGCACCGACAACGUCUUCGACAUCCCGCUCGAGUUCGAGAUCACCAACGAGGGCGGCCAGCCCACGACCAUCUCGCGCAGCAACGCCAAGAACCUGCUCUUCUCGUUCCCGCAGAUGCUGGCCCAUCACACAAUCACCGGCUGUAAUCUGCGCACCGGCGAUCUGCUGGGCAGCGGCACCAUCUCCGGCAAGGAGCCCGGCACCGAGGGCAGUCUGAUCGAGCAGACCAAGGGCAAGGACCCGAUCCAGCUGGCCGAUGGCUCGAGCCGUGUCUUCCUGGAGGACGGCGACACGGUGGUGCUGCGCGGCAAGGCCGGCACUGAGGGCAACUAUGUGGGCUUUGGCGACUGUUCGGCCAAGAUCCUUCCUGCAGUGCAGCUGGACUUUGCAUAAGCUAGACGUGUAAUGAUCCAAAUCGAAUUGUACCGUACCUAUCCACAGAAUGAAUCAACCCUCCCUACCUUCACAAUCACAAACAAACCACCAAACAAAACCCAAUCCCUGCCCUCUGCACAGUCCUCUCCUCUUCAAUAAGCAUUCCGAGGGAGAAACCCCGGACCCCCCUUUCUUU